CGCGUCACAUCAACGAACGUGCAUGAACGCGCCAGCUCAUUUACUCGCGUGCACUCGCACUCGCUUGAUUCUCUUCCUCCAACAAUGCGACGCAGUCCUCCCACCAUCCACUUCCUCGCCGCCACAGCCACCGACGCCGGCACAGGCACCGCCAUCACAAUGUCUUCAAGCUCUCAUCAACGAGGACGCGGAAGAGGAUUCUCCGGCCGCUUGUACUCCGGUGGGAGAGGCCAGUUCGUUACCGGCGACGCGCACUUCCAGUCAGUUCGUGACGCCAAUUUAGGAUUCCGGCGAGGCGAGAGAGGAAGCUUCGCGAACCAAACGCAGCACCAUCAGAAUCCACCUUAUAACCCGAGGGCUCCUUCUCCGCCGCAGCAUCACAAACCUCAGUUCCGUCACCCUCCGCCGCAGUUUCGGCCGCCUCCGCCGUCUGAUAACCGACAAGCGUUUCGUCCGCCACCCCAUAUUCGGCCUCGGCCUCCGGAUUAUCGAGACUGGGAGCUUGCUCUGACGCCGCCGCCUCCCCCUCAUUGUGAGAGGUUUAAAGUUCUUUCCUAUAAUAUAUUGGCUGACUACCUUGCAUUGGACCACCGGAACAAACUUUAUUUUCACAUACCUCGAUACAUGUUGGACUGGCAGUGGAGAAAGAGAAACAUAAUUUUUGAGCUGGGGUUGUGGUCUGCUGAUAUCAUGUGUUUACAGGAGGUUGAUAGAUUUCAUGAGUUGGCAGAUGAGUUGAAGCUUAAGGGAUACCUUGGCAUUUGGAAGAUGCGAACAGGGAAUCCAGUUGAUGGCUGUGCAAUCUUUUGGCAAACAUCAAGGUUCAAUUUGUUGUAUGAAGAAUUCAUUGAGUUUAAUAAGCUUGGACUUAGAGAUAAUGUUGCUCAAAUAUGUGUACUAGAGUCUAUUAAUCAAAAUGGAUCUCUGCCAUCCAGCUUGACAGGCUCCAGAAAAGUAGUGGUUUGUAACAUUCAUGUGCUUUACAAUCCUAAUAGGGGGGAAAUCAAGCUUGGCCAGGUUAGAGUGCUACUUGAUAAGGCUAACGCAGUUUCUAAACUCUGGGAUGAUGCUCCCGUAGUUAUCUGUGGGGACUUUAAUUGUACCCCUAAGAGUCCAUUAUACAACUUUAUAGCAGAACAGAAGUUAGAUCUGUCUGGAAUAGCUAGGAAUAAGGUAUCUGGACAAGCUUCUGCUAUAAUUUGUCCACCAAAGCUCUGGGGUCCUAAUUCUAGUGAAAGAUCUGCUAAUGGUUUAGUUCAAGCCACAUCCACUGAUGGUGUCAAGGAAGUUAUUGAAAAAAAUAAUUCUUUGUCGGACAUGCAGAAUCUGGACACUAAGAGUAAUAGUUUGGAGAAUCAAUGUCAGACUGUUUUGGAUAUGUCUGUUAAGUCUCUUACAAAUGUGGAGAGUGGAAAGGAAAAUGGUGUAUAUGCAGGAAAAGAUACUCAGGAAACUGCUGUUGUGCAUUCUAAUAUUUUUCAUGAAGUUGAUAGAAUAAAAGAAGAGCCUAACCCUUCAUAUAAUGAAAGUAGGCGCCAUAUUGAUCAUGUAAAUGGUGAGAUUCAAGACAUCACACCUGAGACCGCCUCUGCUUCUGAAGCUGUUCACAGGGAUACAACUGGUAUGGGCUGCAAUGAACAUAUAUCAGAUGAAGUCCCAACUUCAAGCAAAGAAUUAUUAAGCAGAAAAUCCAACUUACAUGGCCCUGAAGGAGAUAAGCAUGUGGAGUUUGACUGUUUCCUGACUUCUCUCCUGGAAGACAAUCAACCUUCCAGGGUGAAGAUUGAUCUUGGGUCAACAGAUGUUGUCAAUGUAGAAAUUUCUUCAACUAAACCAUCCAGCCAGAUUUCAGUUUCCAAUGCAUUUGAAGCCCCUCAAACAGAGUAUGGAGAUAUCUCAUCUUGUGAGGUCACUGAUAAUGACCAAAAUAACAGCUUAUCAACCUCAUAUCUGGCUGACAAAUCUCAUCAAUGGUCCAACAUUGACGUUCCACUAGAUGAAAAACUAGAGAAAUCAUUCCUUGAUGAGACAGAUAAAACCAAUAUAGGCAGUGAAAAUAUUUGUGAAGAUGAUAAUGCUUUCAUAUCUUCAUUACAUAAUUCUGAAGGAAUUACUCUUGAUCUUGACUCAUCUAUGAAAUCAGAUCUUGAAAAGUCAUAUCAGUUUGAGGAAUUAGAUUCUGCUUCCAACAACUUGGUGGUGCCUGUAGAAAGCAAUCAAGUGGAGGAUGACUUGUCUCCAAGUGAUACUUUCAAAUCUAUUGAUGCAGAGGAAACUUCUUAUUAUAAUCCAUCAUUAUGGACCCCUAUGGAGAUAGAAACUGCAACAGGAAAUGCAGAGUGCACCUUCUUGGAGCAUCCUUUAUCACUUAGGAGCACAUACACUGAAGCUAUGGAUUGUUCAGGGACCAGAGACCCACAUGGAGAGCCCCUGGUAACCAGUUAUAAUAGGUGCUUCUCAGGCACCGUAGACUACAUAUGGCGAACUAAAGGUCUUCAAACAAUCAGAGUUCUUGCUCCAAUGCCUAAACAUGCCAUGGAAUGGACUCCAGGAUUCCCAACAAAGAAAUGGGGUAGUGACCAUAUUGCCUUGGUUUCCGAAUUGGCUUUCUUGAAAGAUGGUACCGACACUGGCACCUAUAUUAAAUAGCCAAGGGAUGGCCAGAUUUGAAUUAUUUCAAGUGAAAAAGGGUGUCAAGUGAAAAGUGUGGGUGUUAUUUCUGAUCAAUGGUGGAAACACUACUCUUUUCAAGUGAGAGAAUCCAAAACCCCUUGCCAAAAUUUCCCCCUUCAGUAUUUAUUUAUGUUAUAGGGAAGUUCAAGGUUCUGCCAAGUCUGAGGCAUAUUUCGUUGUAAAUUAAUAAUUUAUAUUCCUCGUCAAGUCAGUCCAGUACAUUUGAAAACCCCUAGCUCAUGAUAUAUGGGAUAUAUGAUUUUUUGAGCCGUUA